AUGAAAGGUAAAAAACAAGUUGGUGCACUAGCUUCGGCUGAACGAGGACAGUUAGUAACGGCAGUGCUUUGCUUUUCUGCAGCUGGACAUUAUAUUCCACCUCUUAUGGUUUUUCCUCGAGCACGAAUGAAGAGUGAGCUUUUAGAUGGUGCACCACCGGGCACAGUAGCUGUAUGCCAUCCAAGUGGUUGGAUGCAACAACAUAUUUUCGCCGAAUGGAUGCGCCACUUUAUCUCCUAUGUAAAACCAAGAAAAGAAGAUCCCGUGCUUCUUGUCUUAGAUGGUCACGCCACACACACUAAAAACCUAGAAGCUAUUGAGUUAGCUCGUGCGCAUGGUGUCAUAAUGCUCUGCUUGCCACCUCACUGCACGCAUCGCUUACAGCCAUUCGAUGUUGGUUUUAUGGGGCCAUUGAGCACGUUUUACUCGCAAGAAAUCCAGUUAUGGCUUCGAAAUCAUCCGGGGCGUGUUGUCACCCAAUUUCAAAUAGCAUCUUUGUUUGGAACUGCUUAUAAUCGUGCCGCUACAAUGCAAAAUGCAGUGUCUGCUUUCGCCAAAACCGGAAUUUGCCUUCUGAAUCCCAAUAUUUUUACAGACGUAGAUUUUGCACCAUCACAGACAACAGAAAUAUCAUGUGUACCAACCACAAAUGAAAUCUCUGAGGAUUCAUUGCCUCGAGAAAGAACUCCAUCCCCGCAAGCAAAACAUCUACAGAAGGACAAAUAUUUCCAGAUCCUAUAA